ACUGAGAACAGGAUCUCCAAAAUGCAGUUUGGCGCCCUCUAUCGGAAAGGGAGGAUGGCCCGGCGCCAAAAGCACCAGGCGAUUUGGGAAGCUGCGCCUUCGCCUACAGGAGGCAAACUUCUCAGCGGCCUCCCCCUCCGCGAUCAGAGAGGAAAACGGAGGCAGCGUCGACGUCCGGGGGGGGACCUGACACCGGCUGUUUCCCGCAACGAGGUCGCAAUGGCUGACGGAGGAAAACGGAAGAGGCCGAAGGAGGUUCGCCGCUGCAGCCGCUAUUUUUGCACUGCGGGACGCGGGAUGGAGCCUUUCCUCAUCGAAGAAGUGCAGGCUCGUUUGGGCGCCACUCAGGUAGAAUAUAUAUCGGGAAAAGUUUUCUUCAGUACCAAUCUUGAGCUGAGUAUGUUGAAGAAACUAAAGUCAGCUGAAAGAUUAUUUUUGCUGCUAAAGAAAUGUCCUCCACUUUCCUUCUGUGGGAAUAAAGGAAGAAUAAUCCAGGAUGUUCAAAAACUUGUAAAUGAGAAUCCGAGAUGUUGGCUGGAUACAACUGCUGUCUGGAGAAGUCUUUAUGAUCAGUCGGCAAAGCAACUAAACUUGUGCCAAGAAUACCCAGAUUCCAAAAAACAGAAAUUGGAAGAGGAAAAACAUAUUGAAGAUGAAAAGCAAAAAAUGCAAAUAAUAUUAGAGACAGAUACUAUUAAAAAUCAAAUUGAAGAUCAGCAAAAAUGUGAUACACAUGAUGUUUGUAAAGACAUUUUAUUGCCUCAGGGCAGACUUUUUCUAGAAAACACUCCUGAACUUAUUCAAGACAAAACUAUUGUUUCCAAUAGUUAUUUUAGUUUCAGAGUAUCAUGUCGUUGCAGUGGAAUACUUGCAAAAUUAUUUACUGCACAGGAACUGGGGAAAAUUAUUGGAAUAGCUCUUAUGAAAAAUUUUGGAUGGAAAGCAGAUCUUAGAAAUCCCGAUUUAGAGAUUUUUGUGCAUCUAAAUGAUGUUUAUUCUGUGAUUGGGAUCCCUCUUUUCAGACUUCCCCUGGCAAGUCGGGCAUAUAUUAAAACUGCUGGAUUGCGAUCUACCAUUGCUUGGGCUAUGACAUCGCUUGCUGAAAUCAAGGCUGGAGCAUUUGUAUUGGAUCCUAUGUGUGGUCUAGGUACAAUACUUCUGGAAGCUGCAAUUGAAUGGCCUAAUGUGUAUUAUUUCGGAUCGGAUAUAAGUGAUUCACAGUUACAAGGAGCCUACUCAAAUAUUAGAGAUGCAAGCCUGAUAGAUAAAAUUGAACUAUUUAAAUCUUCUGUGACAGGAUUACCUUUCCUAUCAGAAAGCAUUGAUGUCAUUUUGACAGACAUUCCAUUUGGAAAAAAGUUCAAAAUAACAGAAGACAUGAAGUUCCUUCCCAGAGUUUUUCAAGAACUUGAAAGGGUGCUUUGUUUUGGAGGGACUGUUGUACUGUUACUUAAUCAAGAACUUUAUAAAAGUAUUUCUAAUAUUGCCCAUGGCUCUCGGACUGAGAGAUCCAUCUUUGCAGAAACUUCUACUGAUUGCAGACAAAGUGAUUUGAUAUCAGUUGAACAAGAUACCGAAGAAAGUAUUAGUUGUGGUACUGUUUCCCCCUCAUCUCAAGAUUCAAGGGAAGAAGAUCUCAGUUACAAAAAGGGAGACCUUGGUUCUCUGGUGUUCAUAGAAUCCUUUGAAGUUAGUCUUGGCAAGACAAAUGCAUUCAUAUGCAAGUACAAGAAGAUAACUUGAAGGAUCUAGAAGGUAACAACAGGCAAGUAUGUAUAAAACACAUUGAAGGACUUGACAAUGAGAACUGCAUAGCAAUUACUGCAAAAGAUCCUAAAGCAGGGGUGUCAAACUCAAGCCCUGUGGGCCAGAUCCAGCUCGCAGGGUACUUACAUCUGGCCUGCAGGACUGGCCUGAAAACAGCAAAGGACUGAUCUGUGGUGCCUCUGUCAGCAAAAACGGAGCUCAGGAGGGCCGCAUGCAGCCGCCCAAGCUCAGUUUCUGCUGGCAGAGGGCUGCAGAAGGCUGUCACAGCCAAAAAUGGAGCUCGGGAGCCUGUUUUCACUGUCAGAGCGCUUGGGCCACAGGCGCUCCUGACACAAGUGACGGUCAAACUGAUCAUGCCCAUCCUGGCCACGCCCACCCUGGCUCCCCAAGGUCAAACACAAUCCUGAUGCAGCCCUCAAUGAAAUCAAAUUUGACAUCCCUGUCCUAAAGGAUUAUAUAGUAGGAUCUGUAACUAAAAACAUUGGGCUAAAUUUAGAUGUUUGAAAUGAAAGAGACAUGGUUGUUGGUCCUGAUAGAAAUAAACAUUAAUAGUGAGAUAGCUUUAAGGGACAUUAUUUCUCAAGCAGUGCUCAAGAUAACCAACAUGAUGCACUCUCUGAAGUGGUUGAUAACAGUCUUGCAUCAAUUCUUGGCAUUUACAUAUCACCAUUUUGCAAUAUUGGACAAGGAUUAUGCUUGGUGUGUCAUAGUGCAUUGUACUAUAUUGUAUUAUAUUCUGCCUUCAUGGGAAUCAUUGUGCAGGAUCUAACUGAUCUUUGGGAAUAUAUUCAGAAGAAACUUCUGAAAUAGGUUUCCUGGAUGCCAGUCCAUCUGAGCAUUAUUCAGACCAUUGGCAAUUGCUUUUCGUAGUCUUGUGUUAUGAAUGUGGGAGAUGAGGAUUCCCAAUUAAUAGAAAUCCUUUUCAUAUUCAUUAUUAUUAGAUUGCACUAUAAACAGAUUUGUGCCUGAAAAUCAUAAUGAAUCCUACUUCAGAAAUCAGUGCUUUCUAGCAAGAAAAUCCAAACUGUUUUUAGUAUUUUUCCUAGAAUUGUAUGAGAAGUCUCUGAAAAUACAAAACUUCAAAAAAACCACCUGAACCUAAGAAGACUAAUUUUGCAUUUUUGCACACAGAACAUUUUGGAGGACAGGUCUCUUUUUACACAAAUUCAUUAUUUAACUAGCAAUAAAAGGUACCUUUAUUUGUAUUCAAAAGGAAGAUAAAAGCAAAAAGAAAAUAUGCAAAUAUUCCUAAUAAAAUCAAAACAUUUGGUCUAAUUCAAAAUAUUAUAUUAUCUAUUUGGUGAAUUAAAAAUUAUAUAAGUGCCUGUAGCUGUUUUAGCAUUCUGAUUCAGGUGCAAUAGUUGUGUUAUGCUUCCAAUACUAUAUAUUAACUUAUCAGUGGAAAGUAUAACCAUUUGGACAAUGUAAAUUGGUUCAAAAUCAGGGAACUUUUUAAGUCUAAAUAUAUUUACAUUUCCCAAUUCAACAUGUGUGUAAGAAUGGUAAUGUAGAAAAUGAUUAUAUUAUCCCUCCUGGAUUUCUUCAAGGGCUGGAUCAGCACUGUAGUUCUCCACGGACUGGCCGGGGGUGGAUGCAUUUUCACAGCCUGUUUUCAGCCUGGACAGGCUCCUGCAGCACUUUGUUGACCAAAACAGGCCAUGUGAGGGACAGUGCGUGCUUCCCUGUGCCCCAUUUUGGCCGGCAAAGUACUUCAGGAGGCCAUCCAGGCCAAAAACCAGCCGCAAAAAUGCCCCUCCCCCAGCCAACCCACAGAGAACUACAAUGCUGAUCCAGCCCUCGAAGAAAUCCAGUUUGACACCCCUAAUCUAUACAUUCUAAGAACCUAAAGGGAGUACUCCAAUUGUUUCUGUAAUGGGCAUGACCUACCGUAGUCAAGAGUGGCUACAUUAGGUAUAUUUGGAGCAAGCAUAUUCUGUUAUGUAAGUUACAAAGCAAAGUUUUCUGUUGGUAGCAUAUGUCCAUUUUGAGGGUGGCCAAUGCCAUUGACAGCUACAAAAAAAUAAACAGCUGGCAUGCCCAUAAGUUUGUCUCUUAGCCUUACAGUACUGGAAAUAGCUGAGAAUGAAUCUGGUAUGUAAAGGUACUUUUUUCCCCUUUUGCAUUGGCACCAUGGAAUUGCUGCAAAGGUAGGCAAGAGUUAAUGUAGGGCCUACUUCACAUAGAUAGUUUUGUCCUUAAAAAGUUCUGGAAUGCAUUUAGAAAAUUGAAACGGGUGUAAUCAAAUAAAGAAUAACCUUUGUAAUUUGUGUCUGUAUUAUUUAUAAGAAGAGCCAUAUCCAAGUCACUUGUUCAGGAAUUUUAUUAACAGAAGAUAAUAUGCCAUUAUUUUUAGACAAAAAAAAUUGAAACACAUAGUAUGCAUUAUUUUCAAUAAUGCAAAUGUUGUAAUUAAUUUUAUACAUUUAAUCUUUUUUAUAUAUGGCAUUGGAUGGAUUGUAUAUGACACAUGAAAAUGUUUCAGGGAAAUAUAAGCAUAAAUUUUCCUACAUAAAGUGGCCUACCCCCUUCUGGAAGUCAUUCUAUUCUAGCUUCUGUUUCUUCUAAAAACAAAUGAUUCAUUCAUUUAUUACACAAGAAAUCUUUGAAAUUUCUCCCAUACAUCAUUUAGUAACUACUAAAAAUAAUCAAUAGAGGAGACUAAGUAUCACAUAACAAGACAAAAAAUAAUAUAAAAUAUAAUUAAAAUAAGGAAACAUUCUUACCAACUGGGUAAUAUGGCAAUGCUUUUGUUGUUUUAAUCUUACAUACGUUUUUCUU